AUUAUCUUAGCUAAAAACAUGGACACAUAGAUCCAAAUGAGUGUACAUGCACUAGCCGUGAAUGUGUGUUAUAUUUGUGUAUGUGUGUGCAUAUGUGUGAUAUGAUUAAUUUUUGCAGCUGUGUAUCCAAAGAUGCAGAUGAACGCGCUAAUCUGCAACAAGUGCUUCUCGCCGAUAUACAGAGGUAAACGUCCGUACCACAUCACACAGUGCGGCCACGUCUUCUGCCAGGGUUGUCUGCAGCAAGGUUUCAAACUUAAGUAUAUAAUUUUAACGAUUUUGAGUCUCCUCCACCUCGCUGAUUCGCGAUUUUUUGCAGUCGAGAAGCAAUGCUCGCAAUGCCAGCGUGUCGGCAGUAUAUCAUUACCACUGCAGGAGCCGCUGAUACCGAAACUGAUCUCGUACUUCCAGCCCUUCAUCGAGACUCUGGAGACGCUGAUGAAGGUCGACUCGUUCCGCAGCAAUCAGCUGAAGAUAACGAUGCAACGCUUCUAUGAACUUGAUAAAAAGUAUGAGGUACUGAAGACCCACUAUUGGCAGGAACGGCGCAAUAAUAAGAUGUUGAUGGAGAAGCACAUGAUUUUAAAGAACGAAAAGGACAAGCUGGAAAAGAAGCUGCUGUUCUCUGAGCAACGGAGGGAAACUUCACGUUCCAGCUUCCGGAUGAUGGAGACACCGCCCGAUUCCGGUAUCUCCAUGAACCACGCGUCGAGCACAGGGUACUCUGUAAAUUCCUCGAUGGAAUAUUUGAAAACUCCCAAUAUAACACCCAUACGAUCAGUCGAUUCGAGGAGAGAGCACAGAAGCGCCGAUGGUUUUCGCAUACCCAGCCGUAAACCACCGAGAUCUGUUGGUUUCCCCAACAUGAUGUCUUAAAUUUAACAGGACAACUCUUUCCUUUAUUCAUUUUUCAUAUAUUGUCUCAAGUUCGUUAUACCGUCUCACUUAAUUUACAUGUAAGCGAACUUUGUCAUAAUUUCCUUUUUAAUUUAAAAGAAAACGAUCUCGUCCAGCGUAUAAGAAAAAAUGUGAUUUAAUUUUUUAUUGUGAAUUUUGACAAGAUUAAAUUACAUGUAUUUGAUAAAAUAUAUUUUAAUUUAACAUAUUAUUUUUCUUUAAAAUGUAUAGAUAUUGAAUUAUCACAUUAAAUGAUUAUAUUUCUAAUUAUAAAAUGCAUUUUUACUAGUAUUCUUACAAAUUUCGUAUUCGCAAUCGACGUAUUACAUUACACAUCGAUAAAUUAAAAAAAUUGUAUUGGUUAUUUCGCCAGAAUCAGCUGAGAAGAGGAACUGCUCUUUGUGUGACAUAACUGCACCUUUGCAUCCGAAAUAAACACGCGAUUAGACGUAUUGCGUAUUGGCAGAAAAAAAAUAGAACAAAAAAGUGCGAAAAUAUAAGGCGACUGCUAGUUUGCUUUAAUCAUUGUCGAUCAAUCCUGAUCACCAGCACGAUGGCGAUGAUUUCGCGUUUCUUGAGACCGGCCGCACGUGAUCGCUUUUGAGGUUAGGCGACCGCGACGCAGUGAAGCUACGACGAGAAAGUUGCGCGCGAAUGA